UGUAGACCAUGAAUUUUCACAUAUCAGUUGGAAAAGUUCUACUUCUGGCUUUGACAAUCGCGCUCCUAAUUCUUAUAUUUAAGAUAGAGUCAGAUAGAGCUAGCUACCCUUCUAUAGCAUUCCAUCUGUUUGAUAAGAAAGCAGAAUCUCACCCUCUCUCAGAUAAAAAAACAUCUCUCUCUUUCUCCAGAACCCCAGAAACCAGAGGGAGAGUGAGAAGGAGAGCACUACAUUUUGUCUUCAAUAGGUUUUGUUUUUUCAAAUUGGCUUUUUUUGAGCUACAAAAGCAAUUAACUUUUGCCUUGUAGCUCAUUCACUAGUAGUUUCUCUAGCUACUUCCCAGUUUUCUUUCUUCAGCCAAGUCUCUCUCUUUCCCUGCAAUUUGUACCCCUCUCAUUAUAAAAAUGAAGACCUCAAGGACAUCCAGCUUCAUUCUAGUGGUUUCUCUUCUCUGUUGGGUUUCUGUAACAAUUAGCAAGCCUUUUCCUCGUCAACCAGACCAAACCCCCCAUACCAAAGGAGCUACAUUUGGCUCAAAACAGGGAGUUGAUCAGAAAAGCUUUGACGGAGUGAAGGAGAAGUAUGAAGGGGAGGAGUACUAUAGAGGGCUUAUGAGUAGGCUUGGGUCAAUCCCACCAAACUGUGCUCACAGAUGUGAAGGUUGUGUCCCUUGUGUUCCAGUUCAGAUACCCACGACCACUGACCACAUUGGAGUUCAAUAUGCCAAUUAUGAGCCUGAAGGAUGGAAAUGCAAGUGUGGUUCUACUUUCUUUAAUCCAUAAAUGUCUACUUUGGAACUUAAAAGAGUUCAGACGCAACCUUUUGGUCACACUGGAGGCUUUAGAGUAUUUUGUCAUUCUGCUUACAGUCAUUGCAGAAAGAGAG